AUGGCGACUAACGGUGUCAAUGGCUCGGCCAAUGGCCACCACCUCCCUGCCCUCCAUACCUCUGCUGAGGACUUUCUCAAGCACGACUAUGACUACAUUGUGAUUGGUGGCGGCACAGCUGGGCUUGUCGUUGCGGCUCGCUUGACGGAGAACGAAGAUGUCACUGUUGGUGUCCUCGAGGCUGGAAAGUCGAAAUUGGGAGACAUGCUUGUCGACUCCCCCGUCGCGUUCAUGCAGAUGUUCAUGAACAAGGACUACGACUGGUGCUUCAUGACCGAGCCGCAGGAAAACAACAAAGGUCGACGACACCACAUCCCUCGCGGCAAAGCCCUCGGCGGCUCCUCCGCCAUCAACUACAUGAUGUACGUCCGCGGCUCCCUGCAAGACUACGACGACUGGGCCAUCAUCAGCGGCGACGAGUCCUGGAACGCCGAGAACAUCCUCAAGUACAUGCGCAAACACCAAACGCUCGAACCCAUCGACGACAGCGUCACCGACCGCUCCACCAUGCCCUUCGUCGGCGAAUACCACGGCACCUCCGGCCCCGCCAGGACAUCUUUCAACGACUUCCGUCUGCCGAUCGAGGAUGACUUCAUCAAGGCGUGCGACGAUGCGACGAAGAUGACGAAGAAGCCCAAGGAUCCUUGGAGUGGCGAUCAUAUCGGUUUCUACAACACCCUCGGUCUUGUGGCGAGGAGUGGGCCGAAUAAGGGCAUGAGGUCUUAUGCUGCGAGGGGGUAUUUCGCUGCGAAUGCUUCGCGGCCGAAUUUGCAUGUGCUUUGUGAUGCUAUGGUGCAGAGGAUUGAGUUGGAGGGGGAUGUGGCUACCGGUGUGACGUUCAAGACUGGCGGGAAGGAGUUUACCGUUAAGACGAAGAGGGAGGUACUUGUGGCAGGUGGUGCGAUCCAGUCGCCGCAGAUUCUGGAGUUGUCUGGUAUUGGGGAUCCGGAGGUUCUCAAGGCUGCCGGUGUGGAGGUCAAGAUCGAGAACAAGAGUAUUGGGAAUAACUUCCAAGAUCAUUGUCUUACGGCGGGUGUCUGGGAGGUUCAGAAGGAUGUUAUGACCCUGGAGGCGAUCCACAAUCCUCAGGUCAUGGAGGCUGCGCAGAAGCAGCUUGCUGAGACGGGCGGUGGGCCCUUGACGAGUGUUUGUACGAUGCAGGGGUUCUUCCCUUAUAAGUUAUUCGCCACCCAAGAAGAACAAGACCGCGUCGUCAAAUCCAUCGAAGCCGACCUCCCCAACCUCUCCCCCUACCAGCGCAAACAAUACGAACGCACCCUCGCCCACCUCAAAGACGACAAAUCCGCCAACCUCCAAGUCGUCCUCAUCCCAUCCCGCUUCGGCAUGGAAGCCGGCAUCGAAGAUCAAUCCGGCGUCUUCCCACCUCCUUCCACCGCCGACUACACCCCCGCCAUCUCCGGCGCCAUGUGCCUCCAAUACCCCCUCUCCCGCGGCAGCGUGCACAUCAAAACCUCCAACCCCGAAGACCACCCGACCAUCGACCCGGCCUUCCUCAAACACCCCGCCGACGUCGACGUCCUCGCCGCCGGCCUCAAAAUGCUCGGCGCGGUCGAAAAGUCCCCCCACCUCCGCGACAAAAUCACGUCCCGCGUCUUCCCGCCGCCGGAGGCCGACAUGUCCGACACGGAGCAGAUGCGGCAGGCCGUGCGCGAGAUUUGCAUGUCCGAGUAUCAUGUCUGUGGGAGUGUGGCGAUGGGCGAGGCGGUGGAUAGCAAGUUGAAGGUUUAUGGGACGCGGAAUGUGAGGGUCGUGGAUGCGAGUGUUUUUCCGAACCAUGUCAGUGGGAAUAUUGUUAGUAGUGUUUAUGCGGUGGCGGAGAAGGCGGCGGAUAUUAUCAAGGAGGAGCAUUUGUAUGGGGCUUUGAGGGGGGUUAAAACUUAA